UAACGUUUUACGAGGCCGACAAUAACUGUUUCUUAUCUUUUCAAGGCUUUAGAUAUGUGUUGUUUGUUCACCCAGUGCUUAUCUUCGACGCACUCCAGUAACGACUAAAUCCUUUUUUCUGUAUACACACUGUUCCUUUCAAUGAUUCUUCGUGGACAAAUUAAGCCUAACGCAAAGGCCUGUGCAAACUCCUUCCUGCAAUUCGUAAAUGCUAGUCCAACGCCGUACCAUGUUGUUGAUAAUCUCAUAAAACAUUACUCUAAGCACGGCUUCCAAGCUUUGAACGAACUGGAUGAUUGGAAGACUGUGGUAAAGCCCGGAAACUCAUAUUUUGUCACAAGAAACCGUUCCAGUAUUAUUGCUUUUUCCGUUGGAAAACAUUUCCAGCCUGGAAACGGUUUUGCCAUCGUUGGAACACAUACAGAUUCUCCUACAUUGAGACUCAAACCAAAGUCGAAGAAAUCAGCAGCAGGAUUCCUUCAGGUUGGUGUGGAGAAGUAUGGAGGCGGUAUCUGGCAUACUUGGUUCGAUAGAGACUUGUCUUUGGCUGGACGUGUGCUAGUAGAGGAAGAGGAUGGUACCGUUAAGCAGCAUUUGGUUCACAUUGACAGACCUCUGCUCCGUAUUCCCACUCUUGCCAUUCAUUUGGAUCCCAGCGCAAACAGUUCGUUUUCUUUCAACAUGGAAACUGAAUUUGUGCCUAUCCUUGGUCUUGAGAAUCAAUUAAACGAAGCUGUUUCAGCAGAGGAAGAGGACAUGCAUCACCCUGCCUUGCUCGCUCUGCUUGUCCAAGAACUUGGUCUCGGUGACAACCAGGUCAAUCGUAUCUUGGACUUCGAGCUCAUUUUGGGCGAUGCCGAGAAGGCCAAACUUGGCGGCCUUCAUGAGGAGUUUGUCUUCUCUCCGCGUCUCGACAAUCUCGGCAUGACUUUCUGUGCCUCUCAGGCAUUGACUCACUCGAUGUCAGAGAAUACUGAGGAUGAAACCAGUAUUCGCAUGGUUGCAUCCUUCGACCACGAGGAAAUUGGCUCUGUGUCUGCUCAAGGUGCCGAAAGUAAUUUCAUCCAGAGCGUGCUUGAACGUUUAAGCGCACUUGAGAUGUACAACCCUCAAACGUUCGCACAAGCUAUGGCUCGAAGUUUUCUGGUUUCGGCUGAUAUGGCACACGCUAUUCAUCCUAACUACAUGGGACGUUACGAAUCCCAAAACACGCCUAAGUUGAACGAAGGUACGGUUCUUAAGAUCAAUGCAAACCAGCGUUACACCACUAACUCUGCUGGCAUCGUACUUCUGAAAAAGGUUGCUGAGCUUGCGAAGGUGCCAGUGCAAUCGUUCUGUGUUCGAAAUGAUUCUCCUUGUGGCAGUACCAUCGGACCCAAACUCGCUGCAAUGACUGGAAUUCGCACGCUUGAUCUCGGAAACCCCAUGCUUUCAAUGCAUUCGUGCAGAGAAAUGUGUGGUACAACGGACUUUGAGUACGCUGUUCUUUUGUUCUCUAAAUUCCUUUCUUCUUACUCUACUCUUAGUCCCAAGAUUAUCAUUGAUUAAAAUAAACGUCUGGUAAUGAUAUGAAUUAUUCUGUAUAGUAAACGGAAUGACUGGUUGAUUGUUGUGAACUGUAU